CCGCGAUGGCUCGGGAGUUUUUGCCAGUGUAGUACACUGUAUAGUCUCUGGCGAGAGACACGCAGAGUCGGAGUCGCGCGCUGCUGUGCAUAUAUACGCGUUAUAUAUAGAUAAAGAGGCUCGCACACAGAGCUGUGACGCGUGUGUGUGUGUGCGAAAAAGAGCGAGAGAGAGAGAGAGAGAGAGAGAGAGAGAGAGAGAGAGAGAGAGAGAGAGCGCGAGCGAGAGAGACAGAGCGCGAACAGCACGUAGCCGAGUGUGUGCGAGCGCAGGCAGGCUUUCGUCGAGCGAGCGAGCGAGUGAGUCCGCGGCGCGCCGUGCACGAAAAAGCGCGGAGGACAUCUUGAAUCGCGUAGUGGAACGACGUUUUAGACGGCAGCCAUCUUGCAAUCCCUAAUCAAAGAUCUCCUCUCUUGUGCGCUCUGUGCGGGCCAAGCGGCUUUUCACGUUUCCUCUGAGCUGUGUCCCGGGCAAUAGCCGGAUUCCCAAUUAACACACAACACAGCCCCUCAAAUGGCUCUCAAGCGGAUUAACAAGGAACUCCAGGACCUCGGGAGGGAUCCACCUGCACAGUGUUCAGCUGGUCCAGUUGGAGAUGAUUUAUUUCACUGGCAGGCAACAAUUAUGGGCCCACCUGACAGUCCCUAUCAAGGAGGAGUCUUUUUCUUAACAAUACAUUUCCCUACAGACUAUCCGUUCAAACCUCCAAAGGUGGCUUUCACGACCAGAAUCUAUCAUCCCAAUAUUAACAGUAAUGGAAGUAUCUGCUUGGAUAUUUUAAGAUCGCAAUGGUCCCCUGCACUCACUAUUUCAAAAGUUUUACUGUCAAUAUGCUCUCUUCUGUGCGACCCGAACCCAGAUGAUCCGCUCGUGCCAGAGAUAGCUAGGAUAUACAAAACCGACAGAGAGAAAUACAACGAAUUGGCACGUGAAUGGACGCGCAAGUAUGCCAUGUGAUGCGCCAAUAUCCGUUAACCUCAACAUCUGUACGCCACCAUCAGUCCCAGCCUAAAUGCCAUUUAUCAAUCAGCACCGAUUCAACCUAGCUAUGGCUCGUCUGUCCUUUAAAUAAAGUAAUCAACAUCACAUCGUCUGAAUCAGACUUCUGGGCUCCGCAGGGCAUCGCAGGCCAGCUGUGAUCGUUCCGUAGUGUGAACUUCUCUUCUCCCUGGGUACCCUGCGAACUUCCAAGUCGGUGUCACGAUGGCAACUAAAGGGCGAUAUACAAAGGAUAAAGGAUAAGGUGGUUCAUCCCUCAAAUUAUUAAAAAAAAAAAGGAAAUAAAUUUCAAAUCUAAGGAUCGAGGAAGCAACAGAAACAGACAGGAAUGAGAGACACAAAACAACAUAUUGUUCGCUUUAAUUUUCGCAGAAAUAAACGAGAAUUUUAAAAAAGGAAAUAAUAAAACAAUAUAGGCGAGUGAAAGUAGGAUUUGUAUUUGAAUUUAAUAGUCUAAUUUCUAUGAUCGUACUUAUAACGCUGUAAUAUCUUUGCAUAUAUGCCUACUUUCUCGGUGAAAAAAAAAGAUAACACACAAAAACGUUGUACGCAAACGUAAGAGAAUAAGGAUUAUGAACGAAUAUAAUGCAAAGGAACAUAACUCCAAAAUGGCAGCGCACCGAUUGUUAGUUUUAAACACAAUGAGCGAUCCACGCCCGUCCCUCGAUACGAUGCGGUCAUUUUUUUGUAAGACUGGGCUCUAUAUAUAUAAAUAAUUCUGAAAACGAUACUAACUUGUCUUUUUUUACUUUUCGAACAUUAACUCGUUUGAUUCCUUUAUUUUUAAUCUUUUCUCAAAUAUUGAAACCUCGUUUUGUCUUGAAAAACAAAUUCUACGAGUAACUCGAUCAACGCGUCUGUGGCUCGGUUGUCGGUAUAAUGAGCGCGCGUGGGCAUAAAGUUGACAGGAAAUAACCAUUGAAAACUGACAAAAAAAAAUCAAUCUAGCUGUAACACGUUUCAUUGAUAAUGUACUACAUUUACAAUUGCACGGAGAGAGAAAGAAGUGACGUUCGAUGUCAAGCUCUGAGCUUGAAGAUGCUAGUGGGGUGGGCAGAUAUGACAUUCGUAGCAUGAGAUUAUUGGAACCAGAGAAUAAUAAGUACUGUUCGAAAGGGAAAAUCUUAAUAUGAUGAGAUCUGUACUUUCGAUAAAAGUACCUGGUAUCCUCGAGUACUCUAUUAACGCAAAUACUGUACAAUUCGCUGCGACUUAAAGUACUAUCAUGGAAAGUGAGAGAGUAUAAGAGAGAACAAGCGAAAGAGAGCGAGAUCGGAGUCUCGAUAACAGAAAGGGUGUUGAUUGAGCCAAUGCCCAAAGUCGUAAGAACUAAAUCGCGUUUGUACUUGUAAUUAUAAUAAUAAGACUCUUCGGAAGUAUAUUAAAAAAAAAUGAAGCAAAACUUUUGUCAUCGUCGUACGACUCAUGUUAUUAUGUACGCCGUGUGACUACUUAGGUGUCAGGUUUUUUCGCUGGUCGUCUAUUGCAGCGGCGAGUAUCGCUUGUCUUUGAGAUGCAUAUCGCGCGCGCGCGAACUUAGCUAAGCUUUCGACUCUUUCUUCUUUUGUUUUGAUGCUCACAGUGCAUAGAUUUUUUACAGUAUAAUUGUGCGAGUGAUGCAAAUGAAAUUCGUGUAUAAAACAGAAAAAAGUGCGAACGCCGUUCAGUCUUAUAUAUUGUAAAUGUUCAACGAACUGCUUAUUAGACAAUGGAGUAAAAAGAUAAAACUUUUCUGGUACCGAUUA